UCGGCGGCUGAACUGCCCGGGUUAGCAGGGAGCCGCUUCGGGAGCGACCCCGGGGGGAGCUGGAGAAACCGCUCCGCAGAGCCCCCUCUGUGCCCAGCCGGGUGGGGGCUCUGGAGCCAGCCCCAGGCUCUGCAGGGGGGCGACUGAGAGGGGAGGGGCGGCCGGAGCACGGAAAGGGGAGGGAGGUUCCCAGCUCCCAGCCCUGCCCGGAUCCAUCGCUACAGCGGCCCUGGGCAGACUGGCUCGCCUGGGCUCGAGGCUGCAGAAGAACGUCCGUGUUUCGCUCCAGGAUGUUCCGUCCUCCCAGAGGGCAGGAAAAGGGAAUGGCUGCAGCAAAGGCAGUGACCUUUGAGGAGGUGGCUGUGCAUUUCACCACGGAAGAGUGGGCUCUGCUGGACCCCGCUCAGAGAGCCCUCUACAGGGACGUCAUGCAGGAGAAUUAUGAGAAUGUGACCUGGCUGGGAUUCCGCAUCCCUAAACCUGACCUGAUCUCCCAUAUGGAGCAAGGGGAACAGCUGUGGGUGCACCAAGCAGGUGAUGGGACAGCCAGUGAGAACAAGGAGGAGAAUUCCCAGCAGGGAGGCCCUGAGUUGGCAGAACCACAUGGGAGGUUCACUGGAAGGUCCCAGGGGAACAUUUGCCACGGAGAAGCUAGUGAGAGUCAAGGCAGGUUGGAGGAGCAGUGGGGAAGCCUGCCUGCGGAGAGAGAGGGUAAAUCCUCUCCUGAAGAGAGAUGUUUCAAGAAACUCAAACAGCUAUUGGACCUUAAGGGGAAGCACAACAGAGGAUCGGGAAAUGCAAGCGCUGAACGUGGGCAGGGCUCACGAGAGAUGCUCUUUCCGGGAACCCUCCCAGAAGAUGCAUCCCACGGGUGCGGGCGAAGCCUCCAGCAGAGCUUGGUGCCUCCAGAACAUCCGAGCAGGACCCCCCAUCGAUGUCUCCACUGUGGGAAAAGCUUCCACUGGAGAUCACAUCUUCUGAGACAUCAGACGGUGCACAAGGAUGGGAAAAGCUCCAGCCCCGGCGCAGCCCGCGCCAUCCAGCAGAGAAUCCUCUCGGGGCAGAAACCCUGCCAGUGCCCCGACUGCGGGAGAAGCUUUGAUCGGCAGUCGACCCUCAUGGCACAUCAGAGCCUCCACACAGGAGAGAGACCUUACAAGUGCCCCGACUGCGGGAAGAGCUUUGUCAAGACCUGGAACCUGACCAAACACCAGCGCUGCCACUCGGGGCAGAGACCCCAUCGAAGUGCUGAGGGUAGGGAAAGCGUCCAUCUGCGCUCACACCUGUCUCACCAGGAGGGACCUGAUGGCACGACCUUGCCGGAGUGCCACAGAGCAAAGAGACUCUACCGCUGCCUCGACUGCGGCAGGACGUUUAGCCGGAGCACGGACCUUCUGGUCCACCAGAGCACCCACACAGGUGAGCAACCCUACAAGUGCCCAGACUGUGGGAAGGGCUUCAUCUGGAGCUCCAGCCUCACGGCUCACCGCAGAGUCCACACGGGUGAGCGUCCCUACCCGUGUCCUGACUGCGGGAAGGGCUUCAGCCGGAGCUCCAACCUCAAAUCGCACCAGAGAGUCCACACAGGUGAGCGACCCUACCCAUGUCCCGACUGCGGGAAGGGCUUCACGACCAAAACGGCCCUGAGCACUCACUGCCGGAGCCACACGGGCGAGAGACCCUACAAAUGCGCUGAGUGCGGGAAGAGCUUCAGCCAGAAGGCGCAUCUGGUGCAGCAUGAGAGGACCCACCUGCAAGGCAGACACUAUGAAUGUGCUGAGUGCGGGAAAAGCUUCCGCCAGAACGUCUACCUGGCCAAGCACAGCCGGAUCCACUGCAGGGAACGGCCCUGCGUCUGCACGUACUGCGGGAAGGACUUUGGUGACAUCUCCGCCCUGCUCCAGCACAGGCACACCCAUACAGGGGAGCGGCCUUACCAGUGUGCCGAGUGUGGGAAAAGCUUCAGACGGCGGGCGCACCUGGUGCAGCACCAGAGGACGCACUCCGGGGAAAAGCCCUACGUCUGUGCCAACUGCGGGAGAAGAUUCACGGAGAACUCCACCUUGAUCAAGCACCGGCGGAUCCACACCGGGGAGAGACCCUACAAAUGUGAGGUGUGUGGGAAAAGCUUCCGCCAGCACUCCAACCUGGCCCAGCAUGCCCGGGUCCACUCAGGAGAGAGACUCGGCCAAGACCACGGUGGCAGCCACAUGGACAGCACGGCCCUACCAGAGCGCCACGCAGCAGAGAGACCCUACUGCUGCCUUGACUGUGGAAGGACUUUUAGCCGGAGCACGGACCUGCUGGCCCACCAGAGUAACCACACAGGUGAGCAGCCCUACAAGUGCCCGGACUGCGGGAAGGGCUUUAGCCAGAGCUUCAGCCUCACGGCUCACCAGAGAGUCCACACGGGUGAGCGACCCUACCUGUGUCCCGACUGUGGGAAGGGCUUCAGCCAGAGCUCCCACCUCAAAUCGCACCAGAGAAUCCACACAGGUGAGCGACCCUACCCGUGUCCUGACUGCGGGAAGGGCUUCAGCCGGAGCUCCCACCUCAAAUCACACCAGAGAGUCCACACGGGUGAGCAACCCUAUCCGUGUCCCGACUGCGGGAAGAGCUUCAGCUGGAGGUCCAGUCUCACAGCUCACCAGAGAGUCCACACUGGGCCAAAAUGCCACCAGUGCCCUGACUGUGGGAAAAGCUUCAGCCAGAGCUCGACCCUUAGUGCCCACCUGAGGAUCCACACUGGGGAGCGCCCCUACAUAUGCCCUGACUGUGGGAGAGGCUUCACGCAGCUGGCUCACCUGACCCAGCAUCAGGGGACACACUCAGGAGAGGAACCCUAUCGCUGUGCUGACUGUGGGAAGGGCUUUGGGGUGAGCUCCCGCCUGGUGGCACAUCAGAGGAGCCACACAGGCGAGCGCCCCUACAAAUGCCCCGAAUGUGGGAAGAGCUUCCGGGUCAGCUCAGUCCUGGUGGUGCAUCAGCGAAUCCACUCUGGAGAGAGACCCUAUAAAUGCACCGAUUGCGGGAAGAGCUUUAAUGUCAGCUCCAACCUCAUUAAACAUCAGAGGAUCCACACAGGGCAGAAGCCCUACAAAUGCACGGAGUGUGGGAGGAGCUUCAAUGAGAGCUCAGCCCUGAUUGCCCACCAGCGGCUGCACAAAGGGGAGCGACCCUACAAAUGCCCUGACUGCGGGAAAAGCUUCAAUGUCAGCUCCAACCUCCUGGAGCAUCAGGGCACCCACAGGGGCCAGAAACCCUACAAAUGCCUCGAAUGUGGGAAAGGAUUCGCCCGCAGCGCCCACCUCUCACAGCACAGCCGGACUCACACGGGUGAGCGACCCUACAAAUGUGCCGAGUGUGGGAAAGGAUUUGCUGUGAGGUCCCAUCUGGCCCAGCACUGCCGGGUCCACACCGGGGAGAGACCCUACAAGUGUGCUGACUGUGGGAAGGGCUUCACGGCCCGUUCAUCCCUGACCACCCAUCGCCGGACUCAUACAGGAGAGCGACCCUAUAAAUGCCCCGAGUGUGGGAAAAGCUUCAAUCAGAACUCACACCUGGCUCAGCACUGGAGAACCCACUCGGGAGAACGACCCUACCGCUGCCCUGACUGCGGGAGAAGCUUUGGGGACAGCUCUGCCCUCAUUAAGCAUCAGAGGAUCCACCUGCAAGAGAAAGCUCGUUAAUGCCAGCCUGCGGCUACCGGAAAAGCUUUGCUUGGUGCUCAGUGCUUAUUAUUAGAGCUGGGCAGGUAAGGGCUCUCAGUGAGGUGGUAAUUCAAAAAGAAAAAAGUCAUCUUGAGUUGACCCCAAAACAAGAUGUUCCAACAUUUUGGGGAUGGUGGUGGGGGGAAUGGAAAAGUUGAAAAUAAAAAUCCUUUCAAAUUGAGCUCUUGUGCUACAUGAAACAUUUCAUUAGGAUUUUGAGUGGCUUUAAUGUCUUUUUUAAAAUUAAAUUGAAAAACAUCAAACCCCAAAAUAAUUUUGAUUUGAAA